AUGGCUAACGCUGGAUAGUUCAAUGUUUUAUUUCUUUACAGGGAAUUAUAAUGAUUGUAUUUAGUUAACAUGUGCUGUAAGCACCGGCUGUAACCUAUGUCUAAAAGGCACAACUAGUUUAAAGUGUAUUACUUAUAGACUAUAUGAUAUUACCAUAUUGAACGAUAUGUUAUGCUAGCCACAUAGCUAGCUGUUGUUAACAACACACAUAUGAUACAACAGUGGCUUUAUGUUCAGAUUUAACUGGGCGAGGGCCGUAAAGACAUCGUGUCCAGUAAUAUUUAAAAUAUGGAGUCAACCGUGUCAAACGCAGCAGUGGGAGAGGGUGCAGAUAAAUGUUACAUCUGUCUGAGCCCCUUUGAAAAGCAGAUAAUAGCUUCUCUGGAAAACUGCCAGCACGUCUUUUGCAUUGAUUAUAUCCUCCAGUGGUCCCAGACAUCCAACACUUGUCCUGUGGAUCGGGUCAGAUUUGCUUUCAUCCUCCAGAGACGGCAUCCUGGAGGGGCGAUCCAAAAGAAGAUCAAAGUGAGGACAGCGAAAGUGGAAGAUGAAGAAUACGAUGAAGAAGAAGAGGGGAGCAACAGGGUUAUGUGCGAGGAAUGUGGACGCAGCGACCGCAGGCACCGGCUGCUCAUGUGCAUACACUGUGAUUCAGGCUAUCAUAUGGACUGCUUAACUCCAUCAUUAAACACUUGCCCUGAAGGUGACUGGGUUUGUGCUGAGUGUGCGGUCACUCCCCAGCAUACAGACGGCUCCGUGGUGGAGGGGGAGAUCAGUGAUGGAGAACUAACGGACCUCCUAGUUGCAGUCGAUGAAACUGCAUCCACCAGCAGUCGCCUUCGGCCCUCCACUUUGAAUCGCCCCAGAAGCUCCGCUGAUCGACGACACAGUCAGAGGAUCCAGAGCAGAGCCAGCGGCAAUCCUCAUCCUCUCCCCCAAACCUCCUGGCAUGUUCCUCGAUGCCUGUUACGGGCAACACAGCCUGCAGCAGCAACAGUUGAAGUAGCUGCACUUCAUCACAGGGAUAUCAACAGCGCUGCGGUCGAGUUAAAGACAAGGAAAAGAAGGAAGCGUGCUACUUGAUCUCCUGAUGCCAAGAGGAGUUGUUGGACGGUGUGUAUCCUCACUUCCUCAUAACGGCUCCUCCUAUCAUAAUUGACCACAUGGUGGCAGCAAUGUGUUAUAAACAUGAACCUGACCAGAGGAAGAAGUUGCUGUUUAUCUUAGUAAUAUUGUUUCAUCUUAAGUUUAAUGUGUUUAUUUACUUUUGUUAGAAGAUGAGGUUGACAUUAUUCUAUAGUUUUCUUACUGUCAAUAAAUUCCAUCAAACCAAAACCAGCAA